CCCAUUCUCUUUUCUUUUCUCCUGAAAUAGAGAAGAAAAAAACAGAAAGAAAAAGAAAAAUCAAAUAACAUACACGAUGCAUUCUCCUCAGCUCUUCUUCGUAAUCCUUCUGCUUUCUUCUUUUCUUCUACCUUCUUCUCCUCUCUCUCCUCCUCAGGAAAGUGGCAACCGGCUCUCCACCGCGUCAGGACCAAAUCCCCUGUCCUCGUCCCCGUUCUCGAUCGCUCUCGAAACCCUUGAAAAGAAUAUCGGCUAUGAGUUCCAGAGCAUUGAUCUUCUGGGCCGUGCCAUGACCCACGCUUCCUACUCCGCAGACAACAACAGAGCCCUGGCUAUUCUUGGCCUUGAUGUCAUCCAAACUGCAGUCUCGCUUCGGUCCCUCAAAGAAAACAUUGACAUAUCUGCAAAGGAUCUGAACAGUCUGAUUGUUGAGAUCUCCAAGGAGGCUUCUUGCGCCGCAUAUGGGUUCCGCUUGGGUCUGCAGAAUGUGGUCAGGGUUUCUACGAAGACGAAUUCUUCGGCACCUGUAGUCGUCUGUGGCGCCUUCAAAGCAGUGUUUGGCGCUGUUGCAGUUGAUACGAGCAAGGCCGAUGAUGCUGGAGAUGUCUUCUGGAAGGUUAAGGGAUCUCACGGCAAUGAUACUGUGGUGUUUGAUCUGUAAGCGGUCCUGCCUUCGUUUUCACUUUUGGAUCAAGAUCUCUAUAUUUUUCAUGUUUUGAUCUUUUGCUUGAUAGGAAAUGGUAUGGGCUGGUUUUUUUUUUUCUAGCCAGAAAUGCAAAGGGUACUUGUUGAAGCUUUUGUGAUUCUGAUUGUUCAUCAUGUGGGCCCUGCUAUAUGCAUGCCCUGGUCGACGAGUCA